CUUCACAGCAGCGUCUGCCUUUCUCCACAUUUAUGUGCAUGAGCACAGAAGGAAAAAACGAACAAAGAAAUGGAGAAAGAAGAGCAGUUUAGAGCAGCAUCACAAAACCAUGUCCUUGUCUUCCCUUACCCAGUGCAAGGUCAUAUAAACCCAAUGCUUCAAUUAUCAAAACGCUUAGCUUCAAAAGGCCUAAGAGUCACCUUAGUAGCCACAUCUUCCAUUGCUAAAGCCAUGAAAGCAUCUCACGCAAGUUCAGUCCAUAUAGAAACAAUUUUUGAUGGAUUCGAAGAAGGCGAAAAGGCAUCAGAUCCUAACGCAUUCGACGAAACAUUCAAGGCAACAGUACCAAAAAGUUUGGUUGAGCUCAUAGAGAAACAUGCUGGCUCUCCAUAUCCAGUCAAGUGUUUGAUCUACGACUCAGUAACGCCUUGGCUUUUUGAUGUUGCUAGACGUUCAGGAAUUUAUGGAGCUUCUUUUUUCACUCAGUCUUGCGCGGUUACUGGUUUAUAUUACCAUAAAAUUCAAGGAGCACUGAGAGUUCCUUUAGAAGAGUCUGUGGUUUCACUGCCUUCAUAUCCUGAAUUGGAGUCGAAUGACUUGCCAUCUUAUGUUAAUGGGGCAGGGUCAUAUCAAGCCAUAUACGAUAUGGCUUUUAGUCAGUUUUCAAAUGUGGAUGAGGUCGAUUGGCUUCUGUGGAAUACCUUUAAUGAGCUUGAGGAUGAGGUUGUGAAUUGGAUGAAAAGCAAGUGGCCUAUCAUGCCAAUAGGACCAACAAUUCCUUCAAUGUUUUUAGACAGGCGAUUAGAGGAUGAUAAAGACUAUGGCCUCAGCCUCUUCAAGCCCAACUCGGACGCUUGCAUGAAGUGGCUAGACUCAAAGGAAGCAAGGUCAGUUGUUUACGUAUCAUUCGGAAGCCAGGCUGCCCUGGAAGAAGAUCAAAUGGCAGAAGUGGCCUGGGGACUAAGAAGAAGCAACAGUAACUUCUUAUGGGUAGUAAGAGAAUCAGAAGCGAAAAAGCUUCCAGCCAACUUUGCAGAGGAGAUAACAGAAGAAAAGGGUGUGGUUGUAACAUGGAGUCCUCAAUUAGAAGUUCUAGCUCACAAGUCAGUCGGUUGUUUUAUGACUCAUUGUGGGUGGAAUUCAACACUAGAGGCGCUGAGCUUGGGAGUGCCAAUGGUGGCAAUGCCACAGUGGACGGAUCAGCCAACAAAUGCCAAGUUUGUUACCGAUGUCUGGCGAGUAGGAGUUAGAGUAAAGGUUGAUCAAAAUGGGAUAGUCACGCAAGAGGAGAUUGAGAAAUGUAUUAGGGAAGUGAUGGAAGGGGAAACAGGGAAGGAGAUGAGGAUGAAUUCUGAAAAAUGGAAGGAGUUAGCGAGAAUUGCUGUAGAUGAAGGUGGAAGCUCAGACAAGAACAUUGAGGAAUUUGUUUCAAAACUUGUAUGCAAUUCCAUUAAUGGUACUAAAGUACAGUGAGACUACUGUACUAAUAGGCCCUAACGAGCAUAAAGAAGGCAUUCCAUUUCUAUAGAAUUUCAUGUUGCUAUCAUAAUAAACCUCGAAAGUGAGUGGAAUUCCUUCUGUGGAGGAAAAUAACUAUUAAUGCCAUUGUUCAUUGGUAUUUGAGACCA